AAAAAAAACUUUUUUGUAUCGAAGGAAUCAACAGCCGCCAUCUUGUCGUGGCUCGGAAUUAGGAUUUCGGUCCAACACUGGUUUUUACGUAGAAAAUCGAGCAUCCUUACCGCGAUAUGACAGCGUCCUUCUCCUGAAAACGAAAUCUUAACGUCGCCUCGGAGACAUUUUGUGCGAAAAAACGUGAAUUGGAUCGGUGGUCGUCGGGCAAAAAACGCUCCGUAUAUCUGAUUUCCCCUUCAGAGUGCGGCGAUUCAGCCCCUGUCGCCGUCCGGGAGCAGUAUUGUUUACCGUGGGCAAGCCGAGACCAGAUCGUGACUUUCGAGGUGAUUUGCAAAAAUACAGCAUUUUCAUGCAAUUGCGUAUUUUUGUGGAGCUUCGCGCGAUUUUUGCAUGAAGAAAUUUGACGUCACGCAAAAUGGGAAAAUAGAAAUUAGGACCUUUUCCCCGGAAGGCAGCAGUCCACCUGAUUUUAUUGGAUUGUCAUUUUGAAGUUGGAUUUUUACAUGGGGGAUAUUUUAUUUUGGGUUAUUUAACGAUAAUAAUGUGGGUGUUGGGUGUUGGAUUAUCAUGGGGUGAAUGGCGGUGGCGGAGCGGGGCGCUGUUGCAUCUCUUUUGAAACACUGACUCUCACAGCAAGGAGCAGCUAACGCUAACAGUUCACUUAGCUGGUAGCAGGCAAUUAGCUAGCUGUUAGCCAGUUAGCUAACGUUAGCAGGCUGUCAGCUUGCUAAUGUGAAGGUUCGGGUUGGUAAAACAACUUCCCUGUCAUAAGGUAAUCACAAUUAUCAACUUAAGCAACCGGCCCGACAAGAGAACAACUAUGGCUGAAAACCUGCUGGACGUCGGACCUCCCAACUCUAAGCGGCCGAAGCUGAAUUCACCUGCCCUGUCAGCGUCUGAUGGACCAGAUCUGGGCUCACUAUCCUGGGAUGAUUUGGAGAAUGACCUUCCAGAUGAGUUGAUUCCUAAUGGAGGCGAUCUGAGCCUGAUGGGUGGAAUGCCCUCAAAUGUAGGAGCAGCACCUGGGGCUGGUGGGCCAGGUGGAGCACCUGUUGUACCGGAUGCGGCCGCCAAGCACAAGCAGCUCUCAGAGCUCCUUCGAGCAGGUAGCACCUCCAGUAUCACAGGUGCAGGGCUGAACUCAGCUAGCCCUCAGCCAGGCGGUAUGGGGCCUCAGCUGGGCACACCACUGAGAAAGAGCCCCCUUGGCCAAGGUUCCCCCAACAACCACCCGUCCCCCCAGGCCCAAAAAGCUGGAACACCAACUGGAGUAGCAGGACAGAACAACAACAAUAACACUGCAACAAUGGGCUUGAACACAACAGGUUUCAACCAGGCCAUGAUUAACAAUAGCCAGGGCCAUGCUGGGCUCCUGGCCCAGGGUGGGCAGUCCCAACCUGGGCAGGUGAUGAAUGGCGGUCUUGUACCUGAAGCUGGGAGAGGACGGGGAGCAGGAGUAGCAGGCAUGCAGUACCAGGCAUCAACAAUGCAGGGAGCUGCUCCAGGACCAGGAGGAGCAGGGAGUGCAUUGGCAGAAACACUCACCCAGGGAGGGCAGCAGAUGGGGGCUCACAGCACCCUCGGUGCAGCCCAGCAGGCAGGCAACAUGAACAAGAUGGGCCUGGGCAGCAAUGGGGGUCCUUUUGGGGCCCAGCCCUACGGUCAAGGUGCCACAGGGCCCAGCCAGCAGCUAAACCCUCAGCAGCAGCUCCAGAACAAGGCUGCACUUGCCAACAGCCUGCCACCCUUCCCCAAUGAGCUCAAAGGGGCCGCUGUCACAAGCGUGUCAAACAUGCAGCCCCAGCAGCAGGCGGCAUUGCUCCCACUGGCCGGCGGCGGAGGUGUGGCAGUGCCUUCGGCAGGCCCCACAGCUGACCCAGAGAAGCGCAAACUGAUCCAGCAGCAGCUGGUCCUGCUGCUUCACGCACACAAGUGCCAGCGACGGGAGCAGGCCAACGGGGAGGUAAGGGCCUGCGCCCUGCCUCACUGCCGCACCAUGAAGAACGUCCUCAACCACAUGACCCACUGCCAGGCCGGCAAGUCCUGCCAGGUGGCUCACUGUGCGUCGUCCAGACAGAUCAUCUCCCACUGGAAAAAUUGCACACGACACGACUGUCCUGUAUGCCUGCCGCUGAAGAACGCCAGUGACAAACGCACCCAGCAGCCCAUGUUGAGCUCCCCCAAUACGGGCCUCCAGAACCCGAUGUCCUCAGUCGGUGUGGGCCAGCCCAGUGCUCCUACCAUCAAUACCUCAGCCCCCAUAGACCCCAGCUCCAUGCAGAGAGCCUACGAAGCACUUGGGCUGCCCUACAGCAGCCAGGCCACUGGGCAGGCCCGAGGGGCCCCAGGGGGCCCGGGACAGACGGCAGGCACACAGAACACACAGGCCCAGCAGCUUCCGCAGCAGAUGAGACCCAUCAAUGCACUUGGUAACCAGAUGGCUCUUGGAGGUGCGACACUGGGCGUGACCACUUCAGAUCAGACAAACCUGCACACGGACUCCCUUCCCAACACACUCAACACUAACAAUCAGCUGCUUUCAGACGGGUCAGCUGUGGGCUCGAUGGGCAACCUACCCACAGCAGCACCCAUCUCUGCCACCGGCACCAGGAAAGCGUGGCACGAGCACGUCACUCAGGACCUGCGAAAUCACCUCGUACACAAACUAGUACAAGCCAUAUUCCCCACCCCUGACCCGGCAGCUUUGAAGGACCGACGAAUGGAGAAUCUUGUGGCCUACGCCAGAAAGGUUGAGGGGGACAUGUACGAGUCAGCUAACAGCCGGGAUGAAUACUACCAUUUCCUUGCUGAGAAAAUCUAUAAAAUCCAAAAGGAACUGGAGGAGAAGAGGCGCUCAAGGCUACAGAAGCAGAUCAUCAACCAGGCACCAUUGGCCGCCCAGGGGACCCAGCAGCCCGGCCUCCCCCAGCCCAGUGCCUUCGGCCCAAGGCCACAGAAUGGACCUGUUCCUCUGCCCAACAUGCCAAAUCAGAUCAUGAAUCGCAUGCAGGUUUCACAAGGAAUCAACCAGUUCAACCACAUGGCUCUGCCCAACGCCCAGAUAUCCCAGACGCCCAUGGGAGCCCGAGCUGCCUCACCCAUGAACCACCCACAGCAAAUCAACAUGAGCUCCGUCCCAGCGAUGGGCAUGUCUCCCUCCAGGAUGCCCCAGGCUCAGGGCAUGAUAGCCGGACACGGUGGUGGGAACAUGGUGGGCCAGACAGCCAGCCAGGGACCGUUUCUGGCGCAGACCCAGUUCCCUCCAGGAUCGACUGCAGUCGCUGCAACAGGUGCCAUGAACGUCACCGUGGGGCCCGGCAUGGGCCAGCCACCUGCACAGGCUGCCGUCACCCAGCAGCAACAGCAGAGCGCUAACCUCCCCAUGAAUGCACUUGGCCCCUCGUUGGGCCCUCAGCUAGCCUCCUCCCAAACCCCCUUGCACACCACGCCUCCGCCUGCUGCCUCCUCCGCCUCCACGGCUGGGGGAGCCACUAACCCGCCGCACCCCCAGCCCUCCAGCCGCAGCUCCACCCCCACCCUCCCUGGCCCUGCCCCAGCCCCGGGUGCCACCCCGCCCCGCCCCACCCAGCCCCAAACUCAGGCGGAGCUCCCUGCAGCAGCACAGACGCAGCCCCCGCCUCAGCCCCCUACCACGCCGCUGUCUCAACCGGGGGCCAGUCUGGAUAACCGGGUGCCCACACCAGCCUCCGCCGCCGGCGCCGACCUGCACUCACAGCAUGUUGGAGCAGACCUGCCCACACCGGAGGUCAAAAAAGAGGCACAACAAGAGUUUGAGGCCGCUGGCGGCAAAACUGAGCCCAAAAUGGAGACUGAGGAAGACUCUGCUUCAACGGUGGUGAAGAAGGAGGAGCCAGAGGAAAAGCCGGAGCCGAUGGAGGUGGAGGAGAAAAAGCCGGAGAUGAAGACAGAACCCAAAGAAGAGGAAGAGGGUGGAGCCAACGGAACCAGCUCCUCAUCCCCCUCUCAGUCACGGAGGAAAAUCUUUAAGCCUGAGGAGUUGCGUCAGGCUCUCAUGCCGACUCUGGAGUCUCUCUACAGGCAGGACCCGGAGUCGCUGCCCUUCAGACAGCCAGUAGACCCCACGCUUCUGGGUAUCCCUGACUACUUUGACAUCGUUAAGAACCCAAUAGAUCUGUCCACAAUAAAACGCAAGCUUGACACGGGCCAGUACCAAGAGCCCUGGCAGUAUGUUGACGAUGUCUGGCUGAUGUUCAACAACGCCUGGCUCUACAACCGAAAGACGUCCCGUGUCUACAAGUACUGCUCCAAGCUGGCCGAGGUCUUUGAGUCGGAGAUCGACCCUGUCAUGCAGGGCCUGGGGUACUGCUGCGGGAGGAAGUACGAGUUCUCCCCUCAAACCCUCUGUUGCUAUGGCAAACAGCUCUGCACCAUACCAACUGGAGGAACAUACUACAGUUACCAGAACAGGUAUCAUUUCUGUGAGAAGUGCUUUAAUGAGAUCCAGGGGGAGAGCGUGACGUUAGGAGACGACCCUGCACAGCCACAGACGAUGAUAUCAAAAGACCAGUUUGAACGUAAGAAGAACGAUGUUCUCGACCCUGAACCGUUUGUUGAAUGUAAAGAUUGCGGACGGAAGAUGCACCAGAUAUGCGUCUUACACUACGAGGUCAUUUGGCCAUCUGGAUUCAUCUGUGAUAAUUGUUUAAAGAAGAGUGCAAAAACACGGAAGGAAAACAAGUUCUCUGCAAAACGGCUGCAGUCCACACGACUGGGAAUGUACAUAGAGGACCGUGUGAAUAAAUACUUGAAGAGACAGAACCACCCAGAGGCCGGAGAGGUGUUUGUGCGAGUGGUGGCGAGCUCCGACAAAACGGUGGAAGUAAAACCAGGCAUGAAAGCCAGAUUUGUGGACACGGGUGAAAUGCCUGAGACUUUUCCCUACAGAACCAAAGCACUUUUCGCCUUUGAGGAGAUUGAUGGCGUGGACGUGUGCUUCUUUGGCAUGCACGUGCAGGAGUACGGCUCUGAGUGCCCAUUCCCCAACACUAGACGGGUCUACAUAUCAUACCUUGACAGUAUUCACUUCUUCAGACCUCGGAUUCUACGAACAGCAGUGUACCACGAGAUCCUCAUCGGCUAUCUAGAAUAUGUAAAGAAACUCGGGUACGCCCAGGGCCACAUCUGGGCGUGUCCGCCCAGUGAAGGAGACGACUACAUCUUCCACUGCCAUCCUCCCGACCAGAAGAUCCCCAAGCCGAAGAGGCUGCAGGAGUGGUACAGGAAGAUGUUGGACAAGGCCUUCGCAGAGAGGAUUCUGCAUGACUACAAGGACAUCUGCAAACAGGCCACAGAGGACCGCCUGACCAGCGCUAACGAGUUGCCGUACUUCGAAGGCGAUUUCUGGCCAAACGUGCUGGAGGAGAGCAUCAAGGAGCUGGAGCAGGAGGAGGAGGAGAGGAAGAAGGAGGAGAACACAGCCGCCUCUGAAACUCCUGAGGGUACGCCAGGUGACAGUAAAAACGCUAAGAAGAAGAACAACAAGAAGACCAAUAAAAACAAGAGCAGCGUGAGCCGAGCCAAUAAGAAGAAGCCUGGGAUGCCGAAUGUAGCCAAUGAUCUGUCCCAGAAGCUCUACGCCACCAUGGAGAAGCACAAAGAGGUGUUCUUUGUGAUCCACCUCCACUCCGGGCCCAUGGCCAACACCCUGCCGCCCAUCGCUGACCCCGACCCCUUGCUCUCUUGUGACCUGAUGGAUGGCCGCGAUGCCUUCCUGACUCUGGCCAGGGACAAACACUGGGAGUUCAGCUCCCUGAGGAGGUGUAAGUGGAGCACCAUGUGCAUGCUGGUCGAGCUGCACAACCAGGGACAGGACAGAUUUGUCUACACCUGCAACGAGUGCAAGCACCAUGUGGAGACACGCUGGCACUGCACUGUGUGCGAGGACUUUGAUCUGUGUAUCAAUUGUUACAACGCAAAGGGCCACGAGCACCAGAUGGUGAAAUGGGGCCUUGGCCUGGACGACGACAGCAACGGCCAGAGUGGAGAGGCCUCCAAGAGCCCACAGGAGAGCCGGCGCUUAAGUAUCCAACGCUGCAUCCAGUCGCUGGUCCACGCUUGUCAGUGUCGCAACGCCAACUGCUCUCUGCCGUCCUGCCAGAAGAUGAAGCGAGUGGUGCAGCACACCAAGGGCUGCAAGCGCAAAACAAACGGCGGCUGCCCUGUAUGCAAGCAGCUUAUCGCUUUAUGCUGUUACCAUGCAAAGCACUGUCAGGAGAACAAGUGUCCUGUCCCGUUCUGCCUGAACAUCAAGCACAAGCUUCGCCAGCAGCAGCUGCAGCACCGGCUCCAGCAGGCCCAACUGAUGAGGAGAAGAAUGGCCACCAUGCAAGGCAGAACCAUGCCCCUACCGUCCCCGCCGGCCUCCGCUGCCCCCAGCACUCCCACGUCCCACGCCCAGCCCAACACUCCUCAGACACCCCAGCAGCCGCUCUCCAACCAGCCGCAGACCCCCAACUCAGCAGGCGUCAUGUCCCCCUCUUUUCCCAACGCACCUCGCAAUGGCCAGCCUCAGACGCCAGUGUCCCAGGGCAAGCCCGGGCCCCAGGCCUCCCCUCUACACCAGCAGCCGUCCCCUCUCCCUCAGCCGCCCCAGCCACCUCAGCAGCUCCAGCAGCAGCCUCCACUCGCUGCGGUCAAGAUGGCAAGGCACAUCGAGAUGAUGGCGCAGGCCCAGCAGAACCAGCAGAACUACCGAGUCAACAUGAACGGCUUGCCCAUGAACCCCCAGCAGACACAGCAGCGCAUGACCGGACCAAUGCAGCCACCCAUGCAGAUGGUGCCAGGGCCCCGGGGACCACAGGUCAUGCAGCCAGGUCAGUGGCCUGUAGCUGCAGGGCAGAUGCAGGCAGCUCAGACUCAACAACCAGGUCUUGUUCCAGGCCAGACCCCACAGCAGGCCAUGACCAUGCAGCGAGCCAUGAUGCCCCCAGGCCAGCAACCUCAGCAGGGUCAGAGGAUGCUGAUACCACAGCAGCCUGGUGUCCGGCCACAAACACCCCAGAGACCUGGAGCCAUUGCACCCAACGCCCUGCAGGACCUCCUCCGCACCCUCAAGUCUCCCAGCUCGCCCCAGCAGCAGCAGCAGGUCCUCAACAUCCUCAAAUCAAACCCUCAGCUCAUGGCUGCUUUCAUCAAACAGCGAACAGCAAAGUACCAUGCCAACCAACCACAGCAACAGCAGCAAGCAGGUCAGCAGCAGCCUGGCAUGCCAACAAUGCAGACCAUGACCAUGCCAGGAGGGGCGGUGCAGAGGCCGGGGAUGCCCCCGCAGCAGCCUCAGCAGCCUCCUGCGCAGGGCAUGGCUGCAUUAGGGGCUCAAGGGCAGCUGAUAAACACAGCACACAACACCAACCCCCAGAUCCAGGAGAUCUACCGCCGCCAGCUCUUAAGACAGCAGCAUCAGCAACAACAACAACAACAACAACAGCAGCAGCAGCAGCAGCAGCAGCAACAACAACAACAGGGAGUGAUGUCUCAGGGCCAUCCAGGCCAGUUUCCUGCUCAGGCGCAGGGCACACAAGCUACGUACUCCCAGCUCCGCAUGCAGCAACAGCAGCAGCAGCAGAUAGCCAUGCAGGCAGGUUCAGGAGCUGCCGGGGGACCCAUGGGCCAGCUGCCACCCAUGGCUCAGAUGGCCCAGCCCGGCAUGGGGUUGGAUGCCACCAAGAACUUACUGCACCAACGAAUGCUCCAGCAGCAGCAGCAGCAGCAACAACUUCCGCAGCAGCAGCAGGCCGUCCUCAAGCAGCAGAUGGGUUCUCCCGCCCAGCCCAGCCCCAUGAGCCCCCAGACCCACCUGCUGGCUGGCCAGCCCCAGGGUGGAGCCCACCUACCCGGCCAGCCCACACUAGCCAACGCCCUCAACAACCAGGUCCGCUCCCCGGCGCCAGUCCAGUCCCCCUGUCUGCCCUCGCAACAGCCCCAGCAGCAGCGGCCACAUUCCAGUCCCUCACCGCAGGUCCAGAACCAGCCCCAGCCUUCGCCGCAGCACCAACAUCCACCCCACUCGGGUUCCCCCCACCCGGGACUCGGGGGCCCACUGUCGGGGUCCAUGGAGCAGGGACACUUGGGGACGCCAGAACAAAGCGCCAUGCUACCGCAGCUUAACACGCCCAACAGAGGGGGGCUGAACAGUGACUUGGGGAUGGUGGGAGACGCUACAGGGGACACUCUGGAGAAGUUUGUGGAGGGAUUGUAGCAUUUCUGCUCGGAACUAAAGAACACAGUCUCUCUCCCAGGGACCCCCCCUCCCACCCCUCCUCCUCCUACUCGGACUCUUUGUCCUGUUAGAGGGCUUUGUUUGUUCUUUCUAAGGUUGAGAACGUUUUUUUUUUGUUUUGUUUUUUUGUACUGACAUGUAAAAAGUUUCAACUGUUGUAAAAAGAAAAAGAAAAUUUGGUCGAGGAAAAAAAAAAAGUCAACUCUUCUAGGGUAUGUAAUUGUUUCCUAAAAGUUGCUUCUUAAAUGAAAUUUAAAUCACAAAGAAUAUAUUUUUUGGUUGAGACCAAAUGUGUUCAAUACUCAAUUUAUUUUUGGUUUGUUUUUGGUAUGCUUUCAUGCCUUUCUCGUUUCUUUUUUUCAUUUUUUUUUCUCAAAGAAAAUGUACAAUUGCAUUAUAUUAUUCAUAUCUUUUUAUUUUGUACCUUUGGAAAAGAAACUUAAAGCAUUUUUGUGUUGAAACUGUAAAAUAAUUUGUGGGAAUUGGGCCAGGUUUUCGUUUAUUUUCUCAAGCUGUCAUUCCUGGCAAUUGUAAUCUAGUGUUGUACCAUUACUCCAAGACAAUGCGUUCAGGGACCGCUCCCCUCCUCUUUGUGUGUAUGAAGAGCACUCAGUUGUAUUGAAAUAGGAAAAUGGACCGCAGCAGUUGUGUAUACACAGGCAUGUAUACAGGCACACAUGAAGACACUGACACAAACCCGCACCGUCACUAAAAUAACUACAGCUGCGACUGGUUUCACAAACACAGACAACGAGGACUGCAACCUACAUCUCAGUGGCCUGGAAUUUGGAAAAAUCUGUCUUGCAGGUGUGGAACAUUGUUGCUUUGACAUUAAAAAGAAUUUGUCAUA